AUGUCUUUGAAUCUGUAUUUGCCGUAUCGCUCAGCUGUUAGACGACGAUAUCCAUCGGAUUUGUUUGAUUGGCCGCAGAGGUUGUUUGGUUUUGAUUUACAUGAGUUGGACGACCACUGGAACCGAUCAAUGAAUCAAUUGAAUCAAAUUUCUGGAUCAUCACAAGUGGCCAACACUGGCGAUAAGUUUUCGGUAAAGUUAGAUGUCAGUCAUUUCAAACCAGAAGAAAUUGAAGUCAAAACUAUUGGCAAUAGUAUUCAAAUUCAUGGCAAACACGAAGAAAGAAGUGAUACUCACGGAUGGAUUGCACGAAAGUUCACCCGACGGUACGCUUUACCCGAUGGCAGUAGACCUGAGGAGACGUGA